CCCACAAGAGCAGAUCCUCCAGAAGAAGUAAAGCACCUGAACCAAAUGAGCUUCCUGAUGCUUCGAACCUCCCCAGUCAUGUGACCGGUGACACUGUGCCCGGUGCUCCGCAGACCACCAGGCUGAAGGAACUUCUCUCUCCUGCCUCCUGCAGCCAGCCACCCAGUCUCAAACCCAGACCGCCCUCCAUGCCCAAAGUCAGGGAACGACCCUCCUCAAACACAUGCGCCCCCACAGGCGUCACAGCGAUAGACCAAACUGACACUGUCACCAGAGAAUGCGGCUCUCACAAAAAGAGAGACACUCACUUGACUUUGCAGACUGCCCCCGGCAAGACUGAUGCUCACAACGCUCCACAAAAGCACAGAAACCACAAGGAGCAGACCUCAGAAAGGACCGCCACCAAAGACCAAACUCCCUCAUCAGGAAGCAGUUCAUCUUUAGACCACAAAAGCCCCUCGAGAAAGACUCUGUCUGCCACACAUGCACCCAUCUCCACACGCAUGCACGGGGAGCACCACAAAGAGCAGCGCAGGAGGAGAAACGAGGCUGCACGCAUCAUCCAGCGAGCUUGGCGAAGGUUCCACGCACGCAGACGGAGAGAGAUACCGGUCCGCGAGGAGGCGGCGCCAAGUGAUUCACACCACGCCCACACCAGGAAGAAGACGGAGCUCCGAGCUCAACCCACCAAACUGUUGGCGAGUAAGAGCUCAGUGCUGCAGAGCAUCUAUGGUGAGAUCAUCGCUUUUUAGCCUCGCACACACUCAGCACCGAAAAAGGAUGUCACAGAUUCAACAUGGGUCACAUAUACAGUUCAUUAUAUAUAAUAUAUUGUUGAGCG